AUGGGCUACCCAGUGACUGGCUCAGACUGCUGCAUCAAGCUGAAGGAGCCAACCAAUGGUCUCCAAACAGGGGACUCAAUCGCAGACUCCAUCGACCUAUCAGGCAAGAACAAGAAGCGUCGUAACCGCACCACGUUCAGUACCUUCCAGUUGGAGGAGCUGGAGAAAGUGUUUCAGAAGACUCACUACCCUGACGUUUACGCCCGGGAACAGCUGGCCCUUAGGACCGAACUGACAGAGGCACGUGUACAGGUGUGGUUCCAAAACCGGCGGGCCAAGUGGAGGAAGAGGGAACGUUACGGGAAGAUCCAGGAGGUGCGAAACCACUUUGCUGCUACAUACAAUAUCUCCACCUACCAGGUACCCACUGACACGCACCGACACAUGCAGAGCAACCUGUGGCCAGGAGCUGGUGCAGGAGGGGGCGGGGGGUCCGGCGGGGGCUGUGUCCUGAGCCCUGACACCAUGUCUUCCUCCUGUAUGAGCCCCUACCCUCAUCCCCACAGCAACCUCUCCUCCAUGGGCUUCAUGGGCAUGCCCCCGUCCUCCAGCCACCCCCACCACCCUCACCAUCACCCCCCACACCACCCUGGCAUCAAUAGCCUCUACUCCCUCCACAGCUUCCCUGGGGCCCUCGGGGGCCACUCCUUUGAGCCGGGGCCCGAGACAGAGUAUAAGCCAUCCAGCCUGUUGGCCCUGCGGAUGAAGGCUAAGGACCCUGGGAGUCUUCUAUCCUGGCCUACAUGA